CGCGUCGAGUAAAACUAUAAGACGAAGCGUGUGCUCUGCAAAACUGCAAAACUUACGUUUGGCUGUUUUCAACAUAAUCCCCACCGAUCCACCGAUAAGGAGGUCGCUGAGCCACAGAAUCGCCCUUGACGUCACCACUGCCAACACUGCCACCACUGCCACCACCAUGGAGUUUCGCGCCCUGUUCCUGGUCCUCUUUUUGUCAUUUCUGUACCUCAGUUUUGCUCAAGGCUCUUAUGAAAAUUGUUGCUUGAAAUACAACAAGAAUGUAAGGCAUAAGACGUUGAAGGCUGGGUUCAAAUCUUACCGAAAGCAGGAGACAGAUGGUGGCUGUAAUAUCCAAGCCAUUGUCUUAACUACCAAUUCAGGAGGAAAGAUCAUUUGUGCUAAUCCAACGGCGAAAUGGGUGAAGAAGAUUAUGGCAAAGAUUGAUAAACAAACUCAGGAUGACCAACAGAAGAAGAUGAAGUGAAACUCAUGCUAGAAGUUUGGAGGGCUUCCAGGCCACACAGUGCACUUUUGAGGGGGGUCUCACCAGGCACCGCUCAACUGCUGGAGCUACACUACACUUCAAUCUGCCCGGUACCCAGUGUACAGGGUAAUGCCACAGGGUAGGGGGGCGGGUGGGUUAGGAUUAAGUCAGUAACAGGCCUGAAGCUCUCGCUGCCGCUGUCCUUAUACGCAUGUCUAUAGUUACACUUGGGAAGCCAUAGCAGGGGCGUGUAGUUGAUUGUAAUCCUUUGAUAUUUUUAUCAGCGUACUGCUGGUGUGUGGAGCACAUAUACUUAUAGAUACACAUAUACAUAUGCAAAUUAUGCUUGUUUAGCUCCUCCCUGAGGUUUGGGAGGUGAAGAGCUGCAGUGUUUAACAGCCAAAGUGCCACCGAGGUUCUCUUAAACAGCCAUUAAGGGGUUAAUUAAAAAUGUGAACGCUUUUGAGACUUUAGCUUUGGCUUUCUGAAAAAUCAUUUUUCACUCUGGUGCUUUACACUGUGAAUAUCAUCUUUAGACUCGCACAGCCCAUGGCUUCUGUUAUGUGUGUAACCACUACAUUAAACAAAAUGGCUGUGUGGUCUGUUUGGUUGUUACUGGUUAGGAAAUACGCAACGAGCCAUUGGCAUCUCAUCAAACCCGGCUCUUGGAUUUUUGUUUUUUUUUUUUUUUUAUUAGGGUGGAUACGCCUCUUCUAAUGGGUGUGACUGCCACCCGGGCAUUCAAUGUGUAGUGAGCCAAAACUUGAUUAAGAACACCUCGAAUGUGGCCAGGGUAUUGUGUUGAAAUGUGGCAACAAUGUAACGUAUGGGCAUCUAAGCGAAACUGGGCAUUUGGCAAGAAUUCACCCUGCUCUGAUGCUGCCAGCCAGCUGGCACCCAUCCACAAACAGGAACAAUUUAAUACAGUUUAGAGUUUCAUUUAACAAUCCAAAUUGAGUUGCUUCGGUCCAUUAUCUGAACCAGUGUAAACUCAUCCUUUGUUGACUGGUACUGAAGCCUAUUGCCUAUGCCCAUUCAUUUAGCUCAGUUGACGGGUUGAAAUCUAAACAAUUCAGGGCAGACCUCAGGGUUAACGUUUGCAGUGUACCAUCUAUUGGAAUGUAUUUUGUAAUGCAUGUAGUAAUGAAAUGCGCUGCAGACGGCGUAUCAAAAACAUUAGAACUGCUUUUAUAAAUCCCAUACCUAAUAACAUAUAAUACAGAAACAGCAACUGGAUGGACACAGGUUGCUAUGUCUCUGACAAGCAUUUGUAGCAAUAAAAUGCAUCCCAAACAUUAAUACCGCUUUUACAAAUGCCAUACCACAUGGAUACAACAGAGAUAUAUGCAUUGCUUCUGUCAUUCCAACAGAUGGUACACCACAAACAUUUGUAGUAAUAAAAUGCAUCACAUUUGUUAUUCUAACAGAUGGUGCAUCACAAACAUUUGUAGCAAUAAAAUGCAUUUAAUUUGUUAUUCCGAUAGGUGAUGCAUCAGAAAUAUUAACACUGCUUUUGAAAAUCCCAUACCAAAUGGAUACAACAGAGACAUAUGCAUUGCAUUUGUCAUUCCAACUGAUGGUACACCACAAACAUUUGUAUUAAAAAAAAAAAUCACAUUUGUUAUUCCAACAGAUUGUGCAUCACAAACAUUUGUAUCAAUAAAAUGCAUCUCAUUUGUUAUUCCCACAAGUGUUGCAUCACAAAUAUUAAUACUGCUUUUGCAAAUCCCAAUACCUAAUAACAUAUAAUACAGAAACAGCAACUGGAUGGACACAGGUUGCUAUGUCUCUGACAAGCAUUUGUAGCAAUAAAAUGCAUCCCAAACAUUAAUACCGCUUUUACAAAUGCCAUACCACAUGGAUACAACAGAGACAUAUGGAUUGCAUUUGCCAUUCUAACAGAUGGUACACCACAAAUGUUUGUAGUAAUAAAAUGCAUCACAUUUAUUAUUCUAACAGAGGGUACAUCACAAACAUUUGUAGCAAUAAAAUGCAUCUCAUUUGUUAUUUCAACAGGUGGCGCAUCUCAAAUAUUAACACUGUUUUUACAAAUCCCAUACCAAAUGAAUACAACAGAGACAUGCGCACUGCAUUUUUCAUUCCAGCAGAUGGUACACCACAAACAUUUGUAGUAAUAGAAUGUAUCACAUUUGUUAUUUCCACAGAUGGUACAUCACAAACAUUAACACUGCUUUUAUGAAUCCCAUACCAAAUGGCAUAUGACAGAGAAAUGUUUACUGCAUAAAAUUAAAUGCAAUAAAACCUGCCAUAAAUGUAAUUCCAAUUUCACACCUCUCCCCACCCAAUGUAUUCUUUCUGAAGACGACCAGGAGAUGACACAUAGUUAAAACCAGAAACAAGUCGUAACCUAGAAGAUAACACUUUGCACCAAAGCCUAACCUCUAAUCAGUAAUUUAAGGGAAAACUGUAAGAUCAAAAACCAGAAAAAUCAGGAGAGAAAUUGGCUCUUUGUUUGAUUGAGUUCAUAUCCAAAUCACAGAUACUGAAUGAACCGCCACACCGGCACUUAAGGCGUCAAAUUUAUGACAUAAGACACAGUGACAUCCGAGACCUCAUUCUUAUGGAUCAACAUCCAACAACGGGAAGUAUAACAAAACAAAAUAAUGUCACUGCACCACGAAAUAAGUAAUCAUUAUUUUCUAGAAACAUUAGAAUAUAAGGUAAACACGCAAUUAAUAAUAACUCCCACUCCCACGAAUACUUUAAGUUAGAAGAUUUUUUUUUAAAUAAGAUUUAAAUUUCAAUGUGAACGGCACCUAACACCACACCAAUUAACUAACACUGGUCCUCUAAUCAAUGGAUACAUUUGAAAGAACGUAUUAACUUACUAGAAAAAGCACAAUAUUUGCGGCCAGCAAUGCUUACUGCUUCUCCCUCAAUGCUUAUCACAAGUCGGCUCCUAUAUGUGAAUUUGAGCCUGUACUGGAAACCAAUCACCCUGUUAAAUCAAGCCAUCUUUUACGAGGUAGAUCAAUACGUUUAAAACAAAAUCCUUUCCGUCAGUUUGCUGCCCAAAAUGUUUUUAGUGAUUUUAAUGUCUCACGCAUCCCUAAACCCAUCCUCUUCAUUCCUGAGUUCCCAAGUUUGUAUUUUGCGAGACCAGGGCGCACUCCUCACAAUUUGCUUCCUCUCAGGCUCACCAAAGGAUUAACGUACUGGAAAAACGUGAUAUUGAAAUCCCGCCGAAGUCACUUUCAGUGUUAUGGGGCGUUGCUUUCCAACAACAUGGCGUCAUGGUGUGUGGGUAGCAUGUCUUCCCCCUCCACCCUCCUCCAACACAACCACCAGCUGAUUUCCGCUGGGUCCACGUGUCAUGAAAGUGACAUGGUGUCUUGUCUGCUCAUUCUGGCUUGGAGUUUUGGUGGAGAUGUGAGGUCCACACAGAAAAGAAAUUCUAGCUGAGAUUAAAGGAAGUAAGUUUAGCAGGUAUCACAUGACCCAUUUUUAUGUGACCCAAUGACGUGAGAGGUCGGUGUCACGUCACAAUUCGACGAAUGCUAUCACGGGAAUUGUCUCCCAGUGGAAAGGUUUUCCUACCUGGUGGGGGGGGGGGGGAUUGUCCCACUUUUCUCAUAGCACAUGAACGCAACCUCAUUACAAUUAAUCGGGUCGGGUCACCAUUAUUGUCUAGACCAGUAUUUCCCAGCCUUUUUGGUGUCAUGACCCCAUUUCUCAUAUGCUAUUGUGGUUACCACCAACCAGAGGUAGUGGGUUUGGUUUUGGAAAGGAGUGUUCCCUUCCGUGAAUUUAGAGCAAUCGCCUGAACAGAGGGGAAAUGGGGUGGUCCCCCCUGAGUGAAUUGAGUGUGAUGGUCAAAUAGGGGGUUCUCCCGCGCAAUCGCCAGAGUCUUAGAUGAAACAAGUGCAGUCGUCAAUGCUUUUCUUCCUCGGUGAGUCGAGCAUGAUCGCCAGAGCUAGAGUCAUCCAGGAUCGGCCACAAUCCACCAGCGAUGGUGCUGCUAUGAAUCGAGGGCAACUGUAGCACCAAUUUUCAUCUAGGGUCAGCCGUGGCCCACCUGCAAUACCACCAUGACCCACCAGAGGGGCCCCAGCCUACAUGUUGGGAAACGCAGAUCUAGACAGCACAAUGGCAUCACCCAGCGGAAAAUGCAAAAUGUGAAAUUAGACUUUGAAUGUCGUGUUUCCGUCCAUCAAAGGUGUUGGUCCUUACAAGAGCUGCCUUUGUGACAUUAAAUCUUUUCUGUUUUUUCUCUCCUGCCACUGUUUGCAUUAACAAACAACUUGCCAUUGGCAAUGGGUGCGCUUGGCACUUUUUUUUGUUUUGCAUUCCAAUAUUUGCCAAAUGAACUUAUGCCUACCUUAUGCAAAAAUGUAUAUCUAGUGGAAUUUGACACAUCGCUGGGGCCGCACGGGACUGUGAGUGCACCUUGUGACGUGUCUGCUAAUUUUGAGCCUUCAGAAUGCUGCUUCAAACUGUUUUAUCUUAAAAAAAAAUUGUAUCUUGUGUUCUUUUUUAUGUAAUCAUCUUUUUUAAACGCAGUUAUCGAUUUUGUAUAAUUUUUUUUUUGGAUAAUAAAAUGAAGAAGACAA